GAACGGCAAAAAUCAAGAGAACGUUGUGUAUAGUAGUGUACGUCCCAUAUCUCGAGCUCAUUACGAAAUUCAUUGCUGGGUCGAGCACUCGGAUGCUCGCGAGCUCUAGAAUAUCAUAUUGUAUGUAAAUAACAGACUGUAGAUAAUGUCGUACAUUAUCGUGACGGUCUUACGAGCGACACUUAUUCACGAUGAUACUCAGUAAAUUGUCGGCGCGAUCGGGAAUCACUAGUGUGUCUUUCAUUUCGAAUGCAGUGAACGGAAACACGUGGAUAAAAAAUGGGCGUUGUUUACACUUUACGUAUCACGAGGAGAAAAAUGGGAACGGCAACGGUGAAACUAAAAAAAUGAAUAUGUGUCAAGCUAUCAAUGACGGUCUUCGACUUGUGUUAACAAAGGAUCCUACGGCAGUGAUAUUUGGAGAGGAUGUAGCAUUCGGUGGCGUUUUUCGAUGCACGGUCGAUCUUCAAAACGAAUUCGGCAAAGGGCGCGUUUUCAACACGCCUCUUUGCGAACAAGGCAUCGCUGGGUUUGGAAUUGGCUUAGCUACAAUCGGUGUAACAGCGAUUGCCGAGAUUCAGUUCGCUGAUUACAUAUAUCCCGCAUUCGAUCAGUUGGUAAACGAAGCUGCCAAAUAUAGAUAUAGAAGCGGCGGUGAAUUCGACUGCGGCAAAUUGACCAUUCGUACACCUUCCGGAGCUGUCGGUCAUGGUGGACUUUAUCACUCGCAAAGUCCAGAAGCAUAUUUCGCACACACGCCAGGCUUAAAGGUCGUUAUACCCCGCGGAGCAAGACAGGCGAAAGGUCUUUUGUUGAGCUGCAUAGAGGAGCCGGACCCCUGCAUCAUGUUCGAGCCAAAAAUAUUGUACCGCAUGGCGAUCGACGAGGUGCCGACAGCCCAUUACACGAUAGAGAUCGGCAAAGCUGAGGUUGUGAGAGAAGGUGAUGCAGUGACACUCGUGGGCUGGGGCACUCAGGUGCACGUACUGCUGGAGGUGGCCGAUCUCGUCCAGGAGAAGCUCGGCGUAUCCUGUGAGGUGAUAGACCUCGUUUCUAUCCUACCUUGGGACGCGGAACUCGUUUGCAAGUCAGCGAAGAAAACGGGACGAGUUGUGAUUGCACACGAAGCACCGCUAACGAACGGAUUCGGAGCGGAAAUAGCGUCGACCAUUCAGGAGGAAUGUUUCUUGAAUCUGGAAGCCCCUAUACAAAGAGUGACGGGUUGGGACUCUCCCUUCCCACGUGUCUACGAGCCAUUUUACCUGCCCGAUAAGUGGCGGUGCUUUGCCGCUGUCAGAAACGUCCUAAAUUAUUGAAACUGGACUGCGGAUGUUCUCCACUUGGGUCACGGUGCAGUGAAAUAUACCAGAAACCUGUUGCCUCGUCGGACAGAGCCCACACGAGACGGCCAUGCACCAGCUACAACAUUGAUCUUUGUCAUUCUGGAUAUACUGACACCGUAUCGCGUGUCCCUGGACUGAACCAAAAUAGUUGUAUGGAUUGUUUAUCCCAUGAGGUUCAGAUUUUAUUUUAAAAUAAAUUAUGCAAUUGACACGA